AUGACUGACGAAGACUUCGACUUGCCUCCAUCCCCGCUUUCUUUAGCUCAAGUUAUUCCGCUAAUCAGACCCAAUGCUACACAGAGAAGCCAAGAACUCGGAAUCAUGGCUACUAAUUAUAGCUUCGGUGCAUUAAUUGAGAGAAAGAGAGAGAUAUGGAGUGCAUUGACAUCUUCUUCUUCUUCUUCUUAUGUUGCUGCUGCUGCUGAUACUGAUACUGAUAUCCCCCCUCUGCAAGAAAAGUAUGACGUGUUUAUUAGUUUCAGAGGUGAGGAUACCCGCCGUACUAUUCUCAGCCAUCUCAGUGUUGGUUUAUGUGGGAAGAAAAUCGAGACCUACAUAGACGACAGGCUUGUGAGAGGAGAUGAAAUUGCACCUGCCCUUCUUGAAGCAAUCGAGAGAUCAGCAAUUUCGAAUGCAAGGAAAAAAAAUGGCCAGUUGGUUAUACCCAUUUUUUUCGACAUCAGCCCAUCAGAUGUACGGAAUCAACGGGGGAGUUAUGCACCUGCACUUCGUCAACUUGAAAAACGUUUCAUAGACAGUAUCGACAAGGUGCAUAAGUGGAGGGCUGCUUUGACGCAAGCAUCUAAUCUAGCUGGGUUUGAUGAUUCAGAAAAAACAGAGUAA